UUACCAUUAAAAACGUUUUGCGAACUAAAAAAUAUUUUAGAACGUAGGUACUUACUGAUAAAAAUAAUUUUUAAAGAUGGUUAAAGCAGUUUGUGUCUUAAAUGGUGAAAAUGUUAAGGGUACAAUUUUUUUCUCACAAACCGAUGAAAAAUCUCCCGUCGAAAUAACUGGUGAAGUAACUGGACUAUCUAAAGGGCUACAUGGAUUUCAUAUACACGAAUUUGGCGAUAACACUAAUGGUUGUAUGAGCUCUGGUCCACAUUUUAAUCCUUUUGGAAAAACCCAUGGAGCUCCUAAUGAUGAAGUGAGACAUGUUGGUGACUUAGGUAAUAUUGAAGCUCCCGGUUCAUCUGUGACAAAAGUAAAUUUGAAUGACUCAUUCAUAUCACUUACAGGACCUCUCAACAUUAUAGGCCGUACUUUAGUGGUACAUGCUGACCAAGACGAUUUAGGUAAAGGGGGUCAUGAGUUAAGUGCUACUACAGGAAAUGCUGGAGCCAGAAUUGCUUGUGGAGUUAUUGGAAUCACUAAAUAAAUAAUAUCUAUCUUUGUCUAGUAUAAAAUUUGUUUGAUAUUAAAUGGAUUUGUAGACUUAUUAUAGAAAACAGAUAUUUAUGUAUUUUUACCAAUAAUACAUAAAUAAAAAUAAAUAAGUAUACAUUUUUAUUUA